AGCAGGAUUCACCCACCUCCCCACAAAGCUCCGCGGUAUCUUGUUUAGUAGCAGGAAAACGCAGAGGGAACGCAAGACACGAAGAGGCCGGGGUAGGAAAACUACCAACAAUAGCGGCGGGCAGCCGGGGAACACACCAGUACCGCAGAUAAGUAAUUUCCUGAGUGCGCAUCAGGGAUAGAUACCCCUUUUCCUUCAUGUUAGGGAGGUGGCUGAGAGCUCGGUAUUGCAGUGAGUCUUACAGACCCAGCCAGUGACUUUACAAUGGGAUCUCUGCUUGCAAUACUCUGUGUUCUGUCAGUGUUUGCAGCAACAGGUUAUUCUCUGUCCUGCAUGAAUUGUCAGAAUUUCAAUGGAGAAACCUGCUCUGGUGGCUAUUAUGCUUGCCCAACCAAUCAAGUCUGUGGAUUUAUGGUCUCGAAAUUCUCAAUGUUUUCCAUAGGGAAAUCCAGGAAUGAGUACCAGGUUACAAGAUACUGUGCGCCACAAGAAUUGUGUAAUUUAACAGGGAGUUUCCGUUAUCCGACUUUCAAUUCGACGUUCGCCUCAUCCUGCUGCUACACAGACAAGUGCACUCCAGCUACACCAACACUACCAGAUAAUAUGGAUAAAUCCAAUGGACUGACUUGUCCAGCCUGCUUCACUAAUGAUUCCAACUCAUGUGAUCUAUCACAAAGAAUGCCGUGCUAUGGGAACGAGACUGUGUGCUAUCAAGAUAAUGGGAUAUUGCCAGCCGUACCAAGCUAUUCAUUAGUACCCAACUCUGUGAUGGUCCAUGGGUGUGCAACUAAAAGCCUCUGUGAUAUUGUCAGCAUGAAAAAAGAACAAAUCCUUCUUACAUACAUAAAUAUCAAUUCAAACCUGUCGUGCCUCUCUGAAGCCACCGCUGAACCCACUGAUGGGGUAACCAAUGUUAUUGGCCAUCAUUAUAGCUUCCUCAUCCCAGCAGCCAUUGCCUCUGUACUAAUUAAAUGUCUGUUUUUAGUAGAAUAAAAUAGAUGAUGCUCUAUUUCUACAUGUGACCCUUUGAGUGCUGAUGGCGCAUUGAUCUGCCAUGUUGUGUUGGUGAGGAAAACAUUGCCAUGGCAUAGAUCAAAGAGCCGACUAGUAAAGCAAUCAUUUGAAACACCACCAUGGUUUUUAAUAGCUAUUAAAGGAGAACUAAACCCUAAAAUAGAAAAUCAUUAGAAAUGCUGUAUUCUGUAUACUGAACAUAGAUAUAA